CAUCACUCGCAUCUCACUUUCUGUCCUUCCCGCGCACUCUCCAUCACACACUCCUGAGCUCCACACACAUUCACACACACACACCUACACAAACACACAAGCACACACAGUUGCGCUUUCUCUCUUCCUCUCUCUUUUCUCUCUUCCCCUGAAGAAAAGGAAACAUGAGUUACUCCAGCGACAUUUACAGCAGCAGCUCCUAUCGCAGGAUCUUUGGAGAAGCGCCCCGGUCAGGUCGCGUGGGUCUGGGUAGCGGCGGCAGCCCGUCCCGCCUGCACUCCGCGGGAUACCGCAGCAACCACCGCGCUUAUGGCUCCCCUUCCGCGGUCUCCUCCGCCGCCUACCGCAGGACGGCGGCGCCCGGCCGCGUCUUCUCCUCCAUCCCGGACUCCGCCAUGGACCUGACCCAGUCCACCGCCGUCACCAACGAGCUCAAGAUCAUCCGCACCAACGAGAAGGAGCAGCUGCAGGGCCUCAAUGACCGCUUCGUGUCCUUCAUCGAGAAGGUGCACAACCUGGAGCAGCACAACAAAGUCCUGGAGGCCGAGGUGACGCUGCUGCGCCAGCGCCACAACGAGCCGUCUCGCCUGCACGAGCUUUACGAGCAGGAGAUCCGCGAGCUGCGGGCGCGCGUGGAGGAGCUGACCCACGAGAAGAGCCAGAUGCACCUGGACUGCGUCCAGAUGAACGAGACGCUGGAGCGCGUGCGGGAGAAGCUGGAGGAGGAGAGCAGGCUGCGCGAGGAGGCAGAGAGCGCCCUGAAGGGCUACCAGAAGGACGUGGACGACGCCACCCUGGCCCGCCUGGAGCUGGAGAAGAAAGUGGAGUCUCUGCUGGACGAGAUCGCCUUCCUCAGGAAAGUUCAUGAAGAGGAGCUGCAGGAGCUGCAGACGUCCCUGCAGGCAACGCAGGUGUCAGUGGAGAUGGACAUGAGUCAACCGGACCUGGCUGCGGCCCUGAAGGACAUCCGGGCUCAGUACGAGAACCUGUCGGCCCGGAACCAGGUCCAGGCCGAGGAGUGGUACCGCUCCAAGUUUGCCACUGUGACAGAGGCCGCCGCCCGCAACCAGGACGCCGUCAAGCACUCCAAGGAGGAGCUCAGCGAGUACCGUAGGCAGGUGCAAGCCCGCACCCUGGAGAUCGAGGCCCUCCGGGGCCACAACGAAGCCCUGGAGAGGCAGAUUGCCGAGAUGGAAGACCGUCACAACAAUGAAAUUGGAGAGAUGCAAGACACUAUCCAGCAGCUGGAGGCUGCCCUGCGGAGCACCAAGGGAGAGAUGUCUCGUCACCUGCGUGAGUACCAGGACCUGCUGAAUGUCAAGAUGGCGCUGGACAUCGAGAUCGCCGCUUACAGGAAGCUUCUGGAAGGCGAGGAGUGCCGCCUCAGCUCGGUGGGCAGCGCUAUGGUCCAGUCUGGCUAUCCCGGUCUGUCCUACAUAUCGGCCCGUUCCUACACCUUCGGAGCUUACAGGAAGCCCAAGCCGGAAGAGGAGGAAGAGGAGGCAGGAGAAGACGAGGAGAAGGAGGAAGAAGAAGAGGAAGCGGGAGAGGGAGAGGAGCAGGAGGAAGGUGAGGGAGAAGAGGAGGAGGAAGAAGGAGAGGGAAAAGAAGAAGAGGAGGAGGAAGAAGAGGAGAAGCCAAAGGAAAAGGAGGAGAAGGGAAAGGAGAAAGAGAAGGAGAAGGAGAGCUCCACCGGGAAGAGCAGCAAGAGCUAAACAGCUUGUGUCGUCAUCAGCAUCAGUAACUCAUCUCUCAUCCCACCGAUCACCUCUGGGUCUGCUUCCUGUUCACGUCGCCCUCCGUGUUUUCCCCAGCCCUUCACACACAUCCACCCGCUGCAGAUGCCUCCCACCUCCACACCGGGUCAGACUUUACAUGGAGAAGUAUAGCAUUAGUGAGCUGUAAAACGGUAACAGUUCAAGUAUUUAUUCUGUCCACUGUCCACCGUUUUCACGUCUCUGGAGUGCAGAGGGCUACUAGCAUGUUUAUCACAAAAAGGUGAAAGAUGAGAAGCAGGUGUGAAUGUUUCCUCCUGCGUUAUGUGCCACAAAUGAUCCAUAUUCACAUUAGCAAACAGCGAGUCCACCUCAGAGGUAACACCGCAGUCAGCACACAGACUUUGAAAGACAAACGCACAGAUCCUGGAGCAUGUGAAGCAGCCAGUCCAACUAUUAUGGUGCUAUUUGAUUUUUACAUACACAAGUUGGGGAAGGAUUUUAUCAUACAGCACCCACCCCUCUCCCCCCUCCACCAGCUCGGUCCUGGAUGUGAAUGUCAGCUUUAAGGCAGGGAUACUAGCAGAAAAACAAAACAUGCUUCCAUGUGGGCUAGGAUUAAUUUUCCCCACCAAGCCCACAUUUCAAGCGCUCCGACUCAUUUCAGUCCACUCAGUUCCGCUUUCGUCCCGCUUUUAUUUAUUGCAGCCUUGCAACCCUGAGCUUGGAAAAAGAUGUGUGUGUGUGCGUGUGUGUGUGCAUGUGUGUGUGUGUGUGUGUGUGCGAGGUCGUGCAGUGUGUAAGAGAGGAGGAGCGCUGCCACUGUGUGCAUCCAUAUGGAUGAAAAUGUGAAGCUUUAACUGCUGCUUCAUGUAUUUCCUUUGGGAGACGGGGGACUAUAACCGAUCCCUACCUUUGAUUGAUUCAUUUGUCAAGGAGAAUCUGCUACAUGUCACUGAAAAAGAAAAACAUUUUCUUUUUAAUCUCCCAUUAACAGAGUAGCCCCUUUGUUUAGUUAAGCUGGAUAUAUAAAGAGGGGGUUAUAUGAUGGGUUUGUGGUGUAGAGCCAUUAAUAAGGGCUAUAUUCACCAUAACUUUCUCUCACGACGCCCUGAAACUUUUUCUUCGCUGCCGUUCUUCGUUUGUCUUCCCAGGUUUUGCUUUGGCAAAUGAAUCAAGCAACUGGUUUCGAAUGCAUGGCCUGACACUUGGAGCUUGAAUAUUAGUUGGAUGAGAAAGACUUUUACUCCUUCUGUGUUCAGUUAAAGAAUUAAAAUUAAAUUUAAAAGAAAGAAGACAAAAAAAAACAACCUUGCCUUAACCAUAAGAGAAAGUAAAAUAAAACUUGUUUCCACCUGAACCUCACUUGUUCCCGGUACGACAGAGGAGUUGCUGACACUUUUCAGAUUCUGCUAAACAACUGUGAUUGUACAUGCUGCUGUUUCCUCUCAAAGCCAAAUAAAGACAUUUAAUAAACAAAA